AUGUUGUCUCGUCUCGGAGUUGGCCAUACAGCUAGAUUAUCAAACAGAUUAGUCAAACCAUCUUUAAUUAGGGGUAUAAAAACUAUUCCACAACCACCUGGAUUUAUUGUUGGUACUGUUAAUGAUGCAUAUGUAGGACCAAAACCGCACAAGCUUGAAGGAUCAUAUCACUGGACUCUUGAAAGACUUGUAAGUGCUGGCUUGGUGCCUUUGGUUUUGGCUCCGAUGUUUACUGGAGCAUCAACAUUUGUCGACUCAACCUUGAGUGCAUUGUUAUUAUACCACUGUUAUGCUGGUUUCCAAUCUUGUAUCAUAGAUUAUAUUCCAAAAAGAGUAUAUGGAUCUUAUUUCAACUAUGCUAUGUAUCUUUUGACUUUUGGAACUGGUGUUGCUGGUUACGGUAUCUACGAAAUUGAAAAGAAAGAGGGUGGAAUAAGUACAAUCAUUUCAAAGUUGUGGAAAGCUUAA